UUUUUAUACACAGGCCGCCUACAUCCGGGACCUUCCCGUCCGUUCACAUCGCAGUUCUUGCGAAGGUUGUCACUUCUUCACCACUUCUGGAGCGCUAAAAACCGGCAAACAUGGCAGAAACAGACACCAAACUGCCGCACACGAGAGGGAAGGGUGUGUGGGGCAUCAUCAGGAAGCUGUUCGUGCCGCACCACGAGCCGUCGCUCAUCCCACUGCUAGUGUUAGUGGGAGGUGCGGGUUGUUGUGCAGGCCUGUAUCUGGCGAGAAUGGCCAUUAAACACCCCGAUGCUUCCUGGGACAAGAAGAACAGCCCUGAACCGUGGAACAAAGUGGCUGCCACGGAACAGUACAAGUUCUACUCUCCCAACAUUGACUACAAGAAGCUGGAGCCCCCACCCAAGUACUGAAUGGAUGGUCCCUAAACAUGCUGCAGCUGGUGUCCAAUCAGAGGACUCGUGGCUGAAGCCGACUUAGGUUGUGAAGGGUUAAAGGAUGAUUGAAAACAUGGUUUGAAAUGUGUCUUAGCACAAGUGAGGGAAUUCUAAAUGACUGAAAUGUCUUACAGAAAUAUGAAGUAGUGGUUUUAUGUUGAUCAAAAAUGGCAGGAACAUUUCUAGUUUCUCAGUUUUGUCUGAGAAAAAUAAACAUUUCUCAUUGUAGUCCACAUUCAGGGUUUUGGUACUGGUAACCAUGUAUGAAUAAGAGCAUUUUCUGUUGCUGAAUACUGUUCUUCUGCAUAGUAACCGUAACCAUGGAUACCUGUUGCUAUGAAGUAAUGCUCUCUGCAAGUAACCAUAUCAGAACUCGCUCAGCAAGAAAACAGAUUUUUCUACCAUGUUCACGUGAUUGUUGCCAUAGCAACCGUAACCAAGGUAAUGCCACAGCGACUGUAACCAAGUUAACGCCAUAGCAACUGUAACCAAGGAAACCACAGCAUGUAGUGACUGCUAUGAGUGUAACCACCACAUAUGCACAAGCAGCAGUAUUGGAUGUACCAUGUUCUGGGCUGUGAUGUAUAAAUAAAGACACUUGUGAAUGUGUGGAA